UCUCUCUCUCUCUCAUCGAUUUCGUGUGUCAUCGGUGAUCUUAAUUCUCACCUUAAGAAUCCAAUCCAUCAUCAUCGAUUGCUAACAUUCACAAUCAAUCUAUUUUCAUCCUUCUCUAUUUCUCCGUGCUUAUAUUUCUCAAUUGUUGAUAUUGACAGGAAUAUAUUUUGGUAUGUUCUGAUCAAUCAAUUCACAUAAUCCAAGCUUCUGACCUAAUUUCUUUUCGUCUUUGACAAUAUAUGUUAGGUUGCUGAGAAGGAAGCUUCGUCCACAUUACCUUAUAUUGUUAUAAUCAGACUAGAUCAAAACCUGCAAUGGCUAAGAGUUCCUUCAAGCUUGAGCAUCCAUUCGAGAGGAGGCAGGCGGAGUCUUCUCGUAUCAGAGAGAAAUAUCCUGAUCGAAUUCCUGUUAUUGUUGAAAAGGCUGAGAGGAGUGAUAUACCUGACAUUGAUAAGAAGAAGUAUCUAGUUCCAGCUGAUUUGAAUGUUGGCCAAUUUGUUUAUGUUGUGAGGAAGAGGAUAAAGCUUGGUCCUGAAAAGGCCAUUUUCGUUUUUGUCAAGAAUAUGCUUCCUCCAACUGCUGCCCUCAUGUCUGCUGUUUACGAUGAGCAUAAGGAUGAAGACGGUUUCCUUUACAUGAGUUAUAGCGGUGAGAACACUUUUGGAUUCCUUCCCCCCAACCUGUAAAAAAAACCCAAUCCCCUAGUUCACUAUUUUCAUAUAUAAAUGAUGUUGUAUCACUAUGAUUAUUAUAAUAAUAAAUUAGCUGUGAAUGCAGCAAGCAAGACAUAAAAUAGGAAACCAAUUAAACUUUUU